UCAUACAUAAAUAUAUUUUACUAACAUAUAUUCUCCCUUACAACUGUCUUGUUUUCCCUUUCACCAUAUACACGCAUUCUUUUCUUCUUUUCAAAAUCUUUAACUCUUUUUCAUCAAUCAUUGACUUUACACCAAUGGCAGGGGAUGAUGAUGCCACGGCCGUUAUCAUGGCGAUCCAGCCUCUUAUUCGUUUAGUCCACGACGUGGCACAGAACUCGGGUGUUGGUUUUACAGGAAGUUUUAAGAAAGAUUGUAUAGACUUGUCAAGAAGAGUUGCAUUGUUGUCACAUUUCUUGGAAGAAAUUAAGGACUUUAAAGGGCCCUUGGAUUCGGCGUUGGAUUGUUUGUUGUCAGAGUUGACGGUAGCUGUUAAAGGGGCUAAAAGUUUGAUUGUGUCUGCAGGAAGCUUUGAUCAUAAUAUAUCCCCUGAUAUUGGAGAUUCGGAGAAAAUUGCGUUUCAGUUCCAAUGCGUUACCUGGAGACUGGAAAAAGCAUUAGCUAACUUGCCAUAUGAUCAUUUUGAGAUCUCAGAGGAAGUUAAGGAACAAGUUGAUUUAGUAAGAUGCCAGUUGAAACGAGCAUCACAACGAUAUGGUGGAUCACAUGAUUUGGGAUGUAGUUUGUCUCCGGAGUUGUUGGCAAAAGAGUCUUAUUCAAUUCAGACAAGUGAUAUUGAUCAUCAUGACGUUGAGUCAAAAGUAGAAGGGGUUUCAAAUGAAACCCUUUUGAAUGAUCCUGAUGAAAUGAUUUAUCAGUCUGCAACUACAUCUUCUGAGGCAUCAUCGGUAUUAGAACCUAAUGAUGAAACGAACGUCGUUGAAGAGAACAAGAAGGUUGGCUCUCCUGUGAUUCCAGAGGACUUCCUUUGCCCGAUUUCUCUGGAGCUCAUCAGAGAUCCUGUAAUUGUGUCCACGGGACAGACUUAUGACAGAUUAUACAUACAAAGAUGGAUAAAUUGUGGGAAUACAACAUGCCCAAAAACUCGGCAGAAACUUCAAAACCUCACUCUUACUCCCAACUAUGUUUUGAGAAGUUUGAUUACUCAAUGGUGUACCAAUAACAAUGUUGACCACCCAAGUUUGCUACUGACAAACAGAAGAUUAAAAAAGAGCGACGGAUCAUUUGUUGAUGUAAGCCGAGACAUUGCUCUCAUUGAAACAAUCGUUCAAAACCUUUCAAGCAACUCUAUUGAAGAACGUAAAGCUGCUGCCUCUGAAAUUCGGUCAUUAUCAAAAAGAAGCACGGACAACAGAAUACUAAUUGCAGAAGCUGGGGCUAUUCCAAUCCUUGUUGAUUUAUUAACAUCUGAAGAUAGUAUUACACAACAACACGCAGUGACUUCAAUUUUAAACCUUUCAAUAUAUGAAGACAACCGGGAGCUCAUAAUGCUUGCUAAUGCAGUACCUUCAAUAGUUCAAGUCCUUAGAUCAGGAAGUAUGCAAACAAGAGAAAAUGCAGCCGCUACCCUUUUUAGCUUAUCACUUGCUGAUGAAAACAAGAUCAUAAUAGGUGCCUCUGGGGCAAUCCCGCUUUUGGUUGAGCUUCUUGAAAACGGAAGCAGAAGAGGGAAAAAUGAUGCUGCUACAGCAUUAUUUAAUCUGUGUAUUUAUCAAGGAAACAAAGGAAAGGCGGUCAGGGCCGGGAUCAUUUCAGCAUUACUCAAAAUGUUGACUGAUUCAAGUGGUUUAAUGGUUGAUGAAGCUUUGACCAUACUUUCGAUUCUUGCUAGCCACCAAGAAGCUAAAGCCGUGAUGGUGAGAGCAUGCAUCAUUCCUAGUUUAGUUGACCAUAUGGCAAAUGGGAACUCAAGAAAUAAAGAAAAUGCUACUUCCAUUUUGCUUUCUUUGUGCAAACGAGAUAAUGAUAAUCUUUGUUUAAUAAGCAGACUCGGGGCAUUGACACCACUGAUAAAGCUUGCAAAUAAUGGCUCAGACCGAGCUAAACGAAAGGCUAACUCAUUGUUGGGGUAUCUUCAAAGGUUUCAACAACAAACCGAAGAUAACAUCAACUAAAAUAUUUAUGAUACUCUUGAUUGAUUUAAUUAUUGAUUUUUUACACUUUUGAAAUGAAGAUAAACUAAAGAGGUGAAGCAACUCCUUGUGUUUUCUUCCUUGGUUGUUGUUUGUUUGACGUUUCAGAAUAACAUUUACAUUUGUUUAAAGAUGAAUCAAUAUCAAAUUUUUAUAUUUUAUUUAA